CAAGGGAUAUGCUUUUAAUACCAUUUAUUCAGUAAUGGAUAUAAACAUGGUUCAAAAACCGACCUGUUGGAUGACAUUACAACUUGCUCAACCAAACCAGUAGAAUGAGACUCGCAGUUGCUGUAUUGUCAUCGAUCUUGCUUGCCCUCUCGGUUACUACAGCCAGCCCAGUCAACCCCAGUGCAACUACAGAUGUUGAAACUAGCACUUCAACCGUCAUUCCCAGUGCAACUACAAGUACUGAAUAUAGUCUUUGGAUAGUUCCUAAUCCAAACGGUAUAGGCUUGGGUGCUCUUGAUGCACUUCCAGAUAACGUCAAGCAUUUACUCGACAAAUACGUAGAGUUACAGGAUGCUCGUAAUCAGCAAAGCAAAAUAUAUUGGCCGUUAAAAUCUCAAUAUGACAGUCAAUAUGACGUGGUACUGGGCGUGGAAAAAGAUCUUGAAAUUCUGAAAUAUCAAUCUCAAAAAGGCAAUGGCAAUCCAAAAUAUGGUGACAUUGAGAAGACUAAGCUUGAUCUUGAAGACCAAAGAUCCAAACUUGUCAAACUUCGAAAAGAUCUUGAUGAGUGCGAGUCCGAGAUUGGUCAUCUUGCAGAAAAAAAAUGGGAGGCCGAUAAACAGAUUGUGAGUCUCGUUUUCGGAACCCCUCUGAAUCCUGAUUUAUUUAAUUACCAACUUUUGCUUAUCAAAGAAACGCCUUCCGUUAAAGAUUACCUUGAAGAACAAUUAUCAAAAUACAAGGAUCUUGGUCAGAAUCAUGGUGAUCAACAACGUCAAGACUCGCAAUCGUCAUUGGAUACACUAUCUGAAUCUGGAUCCAAUCGGAAGAGUACUUCCAAUAAACGGAAAAGGGUUUCCAAGCUUGUGGAUGAAUUGAAAUCAUUCUUUAAACGACCCAAACAUGACGAUCCAUCCAAUUGA